AACGGAUACAUAUGAUUAGUCUCCUCCCGCCGCCCGUCAGUGGAUAAAAACGAACGAGCAACUGAUGGGCGACGCUUUCCCUUCAAAACACAAGUCUCGGACACAAGGAAGUAAAAGUAAGCAGAGAGAGCUCGACAGAGGACAGAUUGAAGAAACAGGUUAACCCAAAGACUGAUUAUACACAUUUUUUUUUUUUAAAUUAAUAUGACACUACAUAAGCUUGCACUUAGCAUUAGAAACGGAGCAUAGAGGACACAGAGGGGGAAGCAGAUCUGUCAUAUUUAGCUAACAUUCAUGUAAAUACUGUAUGAUGAGACUAACUUACAACAGCCGUGACUAGCUAAUAACUAGCUUUAAUCGGCAAGCAUGUUUAUUAGAAUAUUAGUUUUCGCUUUUCAAAGCUUUAAUGACAAUGAGCGUACAGUUGUGUCAUGAGGUACGUUACAGACACAUCAUGCACAAAGGCAACCACGGACCAGUUUUGAGCGAGCUAAUAGGAAACUGUUAGCUUAGCUAGCUGUCUAGUGUGCGUUAACAGACAGUGGCUUCAAUGGAGAGAAGCAGUGAGGAGGGUGCAGCUCCCGAUGAAGAGGACGGAGACCAGGAAGGAAUGAAGGCGGGGGCUGAAGAAGCGGGGUGUAACCCAUCAAGAACAACAUCCAAUAGUGGAGUACCGGACCCUGCUGUUUUGGCUGUGAGGCUGUGGAGAGGACUUGUGCACCAGGACCAGGAGACAGGUGGUGUGGUGCCUGAUGGUCGAGCAGCAGAUGAUGAGCCAGAGAGGGAUGCUCCCUCUGUGUCUCCCUCCAGUUUCAUGGACACCUGUGCUCCCUCCAUAUCAAGCCUCUCCUCCUCCUCCACCCAUCAUCAACCCAAUUUGUAUCCGUCCUCCUCCUCCUCCUCCUCCUCUUCUUCUGUUUUGUCUCUGACUCCACCCUUGCCUCCUUCUGUGGAGCUCUCAGCUGUGUUGACUGAUACGAGGCUGACCCUGGACGUGUACCAGGGAGGAGCAGCUGCACUGCCUCUGAUUUGGGGGUCCGUCCCAGGGCAGCUGAGGAGGGUCCAGUACCUGAGACUGGGCUCUGAGGAUAAACCAGGCCUGGAUGGUGCACUGGAUGUCCUUCCUAAUCUGACAGAGCUGCGCUCACUGGCUAUCAGGGGACACAGUUUUUAUGAUGCGCAAGGUGACCCGCUGCCUGGCCUCCUCACCACUCUGCCCACUUCAGUUUCCUCCCUCUCUCAUCUUGCACACCUGGAUCUCUCUUUCAACCAGCUCUCCUGUCUGCCACCCUGCCUCCUCAGCUUGCCUGUGCUGACCUCUUUGCUCCUCUGUCACAACCACCUCUCAGCUUUGCCUCCUGAUAUAGGCUGGCUGUCUUCCCUCACCUACCUCUCCCUCCUGGGGAACGAGCUGGUCUCUCUUCCCCCGAGUCUGGGUCAGCUGAAAGCACUACAGACACUGGAUGUGUCACAUAACCUCCUUCAGCAACUACCGGAUGAAAUUGGUUCUCUGGGGGAGCUUGUUAAGCUGGAACUGUCCCACAACAAGCUGAGGCAACUGCCAGAGUGCAUGGGCUCUCUCCUCUCCCUCAGAGAGCUUGUCAUCUACAGCAAUGACCUCCGCCUGAUCCCACAUUGUCUGAACAAACUGCCUCUGCUGAAAAUAGAUGUGCGUGACAAUCCUCUGGGACAACCCCCAACCCCUCCCCCUCUCCCGCCUACACCUGGUCAAGCAGAAACAAAAAUUCCAGAGCUGCAUCUCGGAUUUAAUCAGCACAGUUUCUGUGUUUCGUCUGCUGGGUGUCAUGUGUUUCUCCCAGGGGGGGCUGAGCUGCUGUUCCCCCCGGGGUGCCUGUUGAAAACCACAAGACUGGAGUGGGCUGUGAAAAGGCCGGAGAGGGAGUGGGUGCAGCUUGAGGAGCAUGACAUCUUACUGAGUCGUCCACUGGAACUUCGACCUCAUGGAAUUACAUUUCUAAAGCCUGUGGAGGUGUGUGUACCAUACCAUCGAACAAGGAGAAGGGAGGUGGUGGUGCAGAGGUUUGAUGGACAGUCCUGCAGCACUCUGCCCACUGUUCUCAGGAGAGGAAGUGAGACACACAGCAGUCACCCUGGCGGACGUCCGGCCAGGCUGGCCUGCUGUGCUGUGCGUCACUUCUCCUGGUUUAUGGCAGUGUCCCGUCCAGUAAAGGACAGUUGUUCUGUUACACCAGCUGGUGCUCUGCUGGUGUCCACUGCUGACCCUGGAAUUAAGCUCCACUUCCCACCAGACUCCACUGUGCAGACACGCACAAUAACUUUACAGGUGCUGCAUGUGUCUGUGUCAGAGGUACAGGCUGUGUGUGGUGACCCUCAGGCCAGCGUUAGCCCUCUGCUCUGCCUCUCUCAGACUCCCAGCACAGAUUUUCUGCAGCCUAUCAAAGUUCAGGUCCCUCUGCCAUCUGGAGUCACAGGCCACACAGUUGAUAUGUCCUGUUUGCACCUGCUCCACGGAGACCCCACUGCCCAAACCUGGACUGACAUUACAUCACAAGUGUCUCUCUACGUCACCCACUUGUAUGCCAUUUUCUACAUCACACAUUUCUCAUGGUAUUGGCUGUGGUACACCACUCAGCGCUGUGUUAGUGGGGUGGUCAGGAAGGUCUAUCAGAGGCUAAAACAGUUCAAAGUCCAGUUCCUCGUCCUCCAGCGGAAGACUGAUCCUUCACAAGUUAUGCUACAGUGUUUACCUUCUAACAAGGUGGACAGCAGAGUGGAGUCUCUGUCAGAGCAGUACGACGGACCUCAGCCAUCAGAUCUGUGUGACCUGCUGGAGGGAGAGCAGUUCUUUGCCGGCUUUGAGAGGGGCUUGGAUAUCAGCACGGAGAGACCAGACUGUGUCGGGGGAAGACUGUGUUUUGUGUUUUACUCCAGCCUGAAGAAUCUGAAGGAAGUGUACAUCUGUCCAGCUCAGGGUCGCAACGGGCCAGUGAGGGGACAAGUGUCCUUUUAUAGAGGGGAGAUUCCGAACAACCUGCCAGAGGAAGUGGCGAGAAAGAGGAAAGGAGAUGACAGCCAGUGGCUUGCAACUUUGCCGCUUAGACUUCCUGCUCUAAACUCAGAUAACAGUUUCAUCAUGGAGGAGCCCCAGUAUCCUCCUCUGAAUCUGGGGGACCCUGAGAGUGGCUACCUGACAGAAGCCAACCUGCUGUCCAUCUCUCUUCAGAUAGGACAGGACUGGCGUGUAAUCGGCAUCAAUCUUGGCUUAAGCUACCAGGAGCUGGACCGCAUCCAGUAUAAGUACAGGGACAACCUGGGAGACUUGGUGCUGGACAUGCUGUUCCACUGGGCCCGAGGACAGAGGAAUGCAGGACCCGGGGCAGUAACGAGGCUGGUGGCCGCUAUGAUAGAAAGCGGCAGGAGGGAUGUAGCAGAUGAAAUCGAGGACAUUGUCAGUAUAGGAAGGAGAAAGUACUCUGAGUCAUUGAGGAGGGUGGGCCUGGAAGCUGAGAGCUCCUCCCUCGGUGAAACACAGCAGUAGGUGAACACACACUGGGUGCAGAUGGCUGACUUAAACUUGAGUAACCCGUUUACAACAUGCCUCCAUCAUCUCUUCCUGCUGUCUAAACAACUGUCCUGGAGGACAAGAAAAUCGCUCUUUGUCAGAAUUUGUUACAGUUAUGGCACCUUUCACAAGAACUGCAUGAGGAUGAUGGCCUUUUCCUUGUUUUCUCCACUUUUUAAACACAGUGUCAGUGUGCAAGACAACACAGGUGAAGCCCAAAUUUGCUCAGGAAAAUGAAAAAAAAGGUGAAAAGUCAUAGUCAUUGAUAAAAUACUCAUGGUAUGUUAAAAUCAAGAGAUACUAAGUCCCAAUUUGAAUUAACCGUAUUAAUUUAAAGUUAGUAAAGUAUCUACUAUUAUUACUACCUACUACCUCUUAAUUCUGAGUUACAGUAGUAUUUCAUCAUGGACUCAGAAUCUGAUUGUGACUCAUAAUUUGGAUUUUGUAAUUUUGACAGUGUCUUACAAGUUUGACUCAUAAGAAGGAAUUUUGACAGUGUCAGUUUGACUUAGUAUCUCAUUAUUUUGACCUACCAUGACUACUUUUUAUUACCUUUUCAUUUAAAAGAAAAAAAAAUUCUUCUGAGAAAGCUCAUUGCUACCCAACCUGAACUGUUACCUGUUCAGUUCAGAGUUAAGAGACAGCAAACAUGGAGUUGUUGGACUUGCUGAAAGUGCAAAAGGAGAUCGAUUUUGAGGUUGAUCAAAUUCUUCCUUGUGUGCCUUUGGAUGCCUGGAAACCAGCUGAGCUGCAGCGCAACCUCAGUGUCAAAUCAGGACACAAACAUUUUUAUUAAUGUAUUGAUGAAUUUCCAAUGUUUUUAUGUCUAGUAAAACCGUGAUAAGAA